UUAAAGAAUUGACAAGUAAAAUAUUAUUCAAAUGUUGUUUAAUUAUUUUUUGUUCCUAACUAAUAUCAGUCUUUUAUUACACAAUGCUUUGGCUUGGAUUACCGAAGAAGAGUAUAUUGGUAGAGAAACUUUUGACUAUGAUAUCUAUUUGCAAGAACCAGAGGAAGAUAGAGUUCUGUUAGGAAGUAACAGUAAAUUGUACCUUGCAGAAUCAGAUCAAUAUGGAAGUAUAAAAUAUAAAAUCUUAUCUUACCCUGUACCUAGUCCGAAAUCACAAAGUACAACGCAUCAAAAAUCUCAAACCAAAAUAAAAUCAACAUUAGGUUCGGAUACUUUAUAUCCACAAAUUCUUGCUGUACUGGAUUACGAAAAUUAUAUAGCAUACGAUAAGAAUAUAGAAAAAAUUGCCCACUCAAUGGCAGGAUUUUGGAAUGUAGUGGAUCUGAGAUAUCGAACAUGGAAAGAUCCUCAUAUAAGACUUCAUUUGGCUGGUGUUGUCAUACCAACGAAUCCGAAUGCUGUACCGUAUCUUACAAAUACUAUUGGCGAUAAAGUAAGUGAUCCAAAACCUUUGGAAGCCAUGAAACAAGCUGGAAUAUACUUUUUCGAAAACUUGAAUAGUACACAAGAGAUACCACGCAACUCAUACGACAUUGUCAUGCUUUUAACUAAUCGGUUCUUGAAAGAAGGUGCCGGUUUGGGUGGAAUUGGCGGAGCGUGUUUUGGCAAAUGGUCGACAGCAAUAAUGACUCAUAGACCAAAACGUGAAAAUGACUAUUGGAUUGCUGCUGGUGCCGCUCAUGAGCUUGGCCAUCUGUUUGGAGCUCAGCAUGAUGGAGAAGAAACUGCUAAAAGUUGUCACGCAAAUGCUGGACACGUUAUGAGUGGAAACCGAGGUAGAAAUGCAUUUACAUGGUCUGAAUGCAGCAUUCGGGAUAUGCGCACAUUUUUUAAAAGUGACAGAGCUCAAUGUUUAAAAAAUAAACCAAACAUUGGCACACCAUACCCACGAAUCUUACCUGGUCUCUUCACUACUCGAGAUCAACAGUGCAAGGAUCAAAAUCGUUUUGGGGCCCCCUCUUUAUUUGCAGAUGUCACUGUAGAUAAUCAGUUAAAGCAAUGUUAUACUCAACCAUGCUCCAUUAUAUACAAUGGCCAAAAACGAAAUGUAGACUUUCCUCUUCCUCCAUUAGAUGGUACGAGCUGCGGUGAAGACAAAAUAUGCUUUGCUGGAGACUGUGUUGCAAAUGAAGAAUAAACUCGUCUUGACACAGCAAUAACGGAAAUUACACAUGUAUCAAUAUUCGACAGUAGCAAAUUUUCAGAAUCCUCUAAAAUGACGGUUAGAAGUGAAAUAUUUAGUCACAAAA